AUGGAGAACCGUCCUGUCGAGGCCAUCAUUGGGCCCAUCCACUACGCCUCCAUGCCACCCGGCAUUCGUAGACAAGUCGUGCACGACUGGGCCGCCAUGGAGAAACGAGUGCGUUGGAAAACCGACUGGCGCCUCUGCACCAUCGCCGGCCUGCUGUGCAGCCUCAACCUGCUCGACUCGGGCAUCCUCUCUUCGGCAGCUGUCACAACCAUGCUGACUGAUCUGGACCUGGACCAGGGCUCACGCUUCUCAGUGUCCAUUUUCAUCUUCACCAUUGCCAGCGUCGUCUUCCAGUUGCCCUGCACCCUUGCCGUGCGCUUCGUCGGUCCCCGUCUGUGGUUCGCUGCCAUCACGUUCUUCUUCGGCUUGUUGACCCUCUGCACCGCGUUCAUUCAUACCUGGCGCCAGAUGAUUGCCCUGCGUGUGCUGCUGGGUAUUGCCAUGUCGGGUAUCUACCCGGGCAUGACAUACAUGAUCAGCACGUGGUACAUGCGUGAGGAGCAACAGCUCCGAUUCGCCUUUCUGCAGGCUGCCGAGGUUUCGGUGCUGGCUACCGGUAACCUGCUCAAUUUCGGUCUGAACCAUCUGAAUGGCAAAGCCGGGCUUGCGGGUUGGCGGUGGAUGUACCUCGUUCAAGGUUUGAUCACUUGCGUCUUGGGCAUCGUCACGUAUUGGUGGAUGGUCGAUUUCCCCGAGUACUCUGAGCGCAGCUUCAAGUUCCUGACCAAGCGGGAGUCUCAUAUCGCUGCGGCAAGAAUUCAGGAUGAUCGUGCGGAUCUCCAGGUAGAGCCUUUCUCCUGGGGCCGGAUCUUGGACUGCUUCAAGGAUGUCAAGAUCUAUGGCUUUGCGUGCAUGUUCUUCCUGUUGAACCUGGUGUCGACGGCGCUGUCAUAUUUCCUGCCAAUCAUCCUGGAAGGUGGUAUGGGGUUCUCUCCGAACAAGGCAAUACUGCUGUCGGUUCCGCCCUACUAUUACGCCGCGAUCCCCGUCCUCAUCACCUCUCUGGCCGCUGACAAAUUCCGCCUACGCGGUCCGUUCAUCGUGUUCAACGCCCUCUGCAUCCUGAUCGGCUUUUUCAUGUUCGGACUGCCCCAGUCCACCCGGGUAACCGUUCGAUACAUCGGCACCUUCCUGGCGACCGGGGCGUACGUCUCCAACUGGGCGGCGUUGAACGCAUAUCAGGCCAACAACGUGGUGGGCCAGUGGAAGCGGGCUGUCACGGCGGCAAUGGUUAGCGCCUUCAAUGGCCUGGGAGGCGUGGCGGGCAGUUACAUUGUCCGUCAGGUGGAAGCUCCGCUGUACCAGACGGCAGUUUGGGUGUCGGUAGGAUCCCAAAUCCUACUGAUGGCGAUCGUGGGCGUGUUCACCUUGUAUUUCUACAAGGUGAACUUGCAGCAGAAAUUCCAGCAACGUGUAAUUGAGCACGUGCCGUCCUUCCGAUACACCUAUUAG